CCCUCCUCGCCCGCAGCAAUCGCGCGGCCACAGCGCCGCCCGCAGCCCCCGCCGGCCCUCGGCUCCCGGCUCCCGGCCCUCGGCUCCCGGCUCCCGGCUCCCGGCUCCCGCGCCCCUCCCUCCCCGGGCCGCCAGCCCCUUCCCGCCGCCGCGCCUGGAGGAGCCGGUCCCCGCGGGUCACCAUGCCCAGCAAAACCAAGUACAACCUUGUGGACGACGGGCACGACCUGCGGAUCCCCCUGCACAACGAGGACGCCUUCCAGCACGGCAUCUGCUUCGAAGCCAAGUACGUCGGAAGCCUGGACGUGCCGAGGCCCAACAGCAGAGUGGAGAUCGUGGCUGCCAUGCGCCGGAUCCGGUAUGAGUUUAAAGCCAAGAACAUCAAGAAGAAGAAGGUGAGCAUUAUGGUUUCCGUGGAUGGAGUGAAAGUGAUUCUGAAGAAGAAGAAGAAGAAAAAGGAGUGGACAUGGGAUGAGAGCAAGAUGCUGGUGAUGCAGGACCCUAUCUACAGGAUCUUCUAUGUCUCUCACGAUUCCCAAGACCUGAAGAUCUUCAGCUACAUCGCUCGAGAUGGUGCCAGCAACAUCUUCAGGUGUAACGUCUUUAAAUCCAAGAAGAAGAGCCAAGCUAUGCGGAUCGUCCGGACGGUCGGGCAGGCCUUCGAGGUCUGCCAUAAGCUGAGCCUCCAGCACACGCAGCAGAAUGCCGACGGCCAGGAGGAUGGAGAGAGCGAGAGAAACAGCAGCAGCUCAGGGGAUCCAGGCCGACAGCUCCCCGGGGCUGAGAGGGCGUCCACGGCCACCGCAGAGGAGACAGACAUCGACGCAGUGGAGGGCCCGCUCCCCGGGAACGACGGCCUGGAAUUCAGCCGAGGGGUCACCGACCUUGAUGCUGUCGGGAAGGAAGGAGGUUCCCACCCGGACCCUAAGGUUUCUCCCCACCCCCAGGAGCCCAUGCUGGCAGCCUCGCCCAGGAUGCUCCUUCCCUCUUGCUCCUCGAAGCCCCCAGGCUUGGGCCCAGGGACUCCACUGUCCACACACCACCAGAUGCAGCUCCUCCAGCAGCUCCUCCAGCAGCAGCAGCAGCAGACGCAAGUGGCUGUGGCCCAGGUUCACUUGCUGAAGGACCAGCUGGCUGCUGAAGCUGCUGCGCGGCUGGAGGCCCAGGCUCGCGUGCACCAGCUCCUGCUGCAGAACAAGGACAUGCUCCAGCACAUCUCCCUGCUGGUGAAGCAGGUACAGGAGCUGGAGCUGAAGCUGUCAGGACAGAACGCCAUGGGCUCCCAGGACAGCCUGCUGGAGAUCACCUUCCGCUCUGGAGGCUUGCCGGUGCUCUGCGACCCCACGACCCCGCAGCCGGAGGACCUGCCAUCGCCACCCCCGGGCGCCGGGCUGAGCGAGCUGGCCCACCCCGCCGGCAGCCCCCUAGGUAGGCGCGACUGCCUGGUGAAGCUGGAGUGCUUCCGCUUCCUGCCGCCGCCCGCGGGCCCGCUGCUGGGGGGCCUGGAGCUCCUCAAGUUCCGCGAGUCGGGCAUCGCCUCGGAGUACGAGUCCAACACGGACGAGAGCGAGGAGCGCGACUCGUGGUCCCAGGAGGAGCUGCCGCGCCUGCUGAACGUCCUGCAGAGGCAGGAGCUGGGCGACAGCCUGGACGACGAGAUCGCCGUGUAGGGUGCUACGGGGUGCAGCCGGGGUGCAGCCAGGGUGCAGUUGGGGUGCCGCGGGGUGCAGCCAGGGUGCAGCCGGGCUGCCACGGGGUGCAUCUGGGGUGCAGCCGGGGUGCCACGGGGUGCAGCCGGGCACACUGCCGAGGAUGCCGUGUGGCGGAGGGCAGUGAGGACCCGGGAGGACGAGCCAUGUGGGCUCCAGCCUGGGGCCCCGGAGGGCCUGCGGCUUCAGGAAAGGAUUAGGACUUGGCUGUGGGGGUCCAGUGAGGGAGAACUGGGACUCCCAGAGGUGAAUGGACCCCUCCCUCCUGCUUGUGACUUCGGGGGGAGGGCAGGCCUUCCAGGGCCCCUGGCUCGGCGAGAGGGUCCCUCCUGAGGACCACCAGGCUGCCAAGGACCUGCUGCCCGCGGGCUGCUUCCUCAGGCUCCUCUGCCCUGCACCUCCUGGGAUGCCCGGUAACCCCCUCCCGCCCCCUCUCCGGGUCUGCCGGUGAAGGGAAGCCAUCAGGAACCUUCUCAGGUCCUGGGUGUCUGGAUAUCGACGAUGCUACCGGUUGCCUAACCCUCCCUUGACCUUACGAAAGGAGUUCCUUCUCUAGGCCGUGGUGGUGAUAGAGGCUGGAUGCUCUGGGUGGGAAGAGACGGGAUGGUGCUUUCGGCGGGAGUGUGGAGUUGGGAUGUGUCAUGUCGGGUAAGCUUUUGGAGGAAUUGAAUCUGGAUGUUUCUCCAGGUGGAUGUUAAGGGUUGCUUCGGAGGGGGACGGGGAGCUGAAGGUCGUUCAGGCCUGUUCUGGGAAAGCCGUCAUGGGCGGCCCCUUGGCGGCCACAGGCACUUAGGUCUGGUUCUCAGUGUGGAAGGCCUGCCCCCCUCCUGCCUGCAAGCCCAGCUCAUCCUCCUGGAGGCUGGGAAGCUGCCCUCUCCUCUGUUGUGUUGCCUCGGGGGCUGUGCCAGCUGAGGCUCUUGUAGGACCUUCCCCUCCUGACCUCUCAACCCAUCCCCUCCCCCGGGCAGCAGUGGUCAGUUUUUACUCCCGGCGGCUCCUGUUCGGGACUUGUAAAAAAACAAGCAAAACACCAAACAUAGGCUGGUAGCUGAGACUGAUUCCACUCUUCAGAAUCACUGCCACUUCGGUCAGGGUCCAGGGCCGUGUCCCCCCGUGACCCGUCUCUGGGUGCGUGCCUCGAGCACACCUUGUGAAAAGUGCCACGUGCAAUUCUCUCGUCUCUGACCACCCGGGCCUUGUCUGGGGGGGUCCCCCCGGUACCGUGGGCUGACUGUGGCGGGAGCCCAAGCUCCUUUUUGCCACAGUUAGGCCACGAGCGGCUGUUAAGCGGAUUGAAAGAUCACCUCGAGAGAGAGCUGAGCCACGGCUGGGGUCCCGUGUUCGGGAAGUGAGUCUUUUGCCCGGGAGGACAAGCUACAGACCCAGACAGACGGCAGUGUUCUUGGAGGGUUAGUGGGUAAGGAUGGGGUUACCCAAACCACAGCGGUCUCCAGCCCUGACUUUGCUUUAUGAUCCGUGUAAAUGGAAGCGUAGCCCUUUUCUUAAGCAGCUGGAUUUCUUCGAGACUAGAAAGUCCAAAUGCAAGGAAAUACAUAGCUUUACGGCAGCCGUCCUCGGCGCGCCAGGGUCCCGGCAGGAAGAGGAUGCGGUGUGUCCGUGUGUGCGUGCAUGUGUACGUAUAUGCUUGUUUGCCCGUGUGAGGGAGGGAAGGUGUGUACGUGCGCGUGGGCCUGUGAGAAGAGGAUGUGGAGACAGAGAAGAGAAUGUGAAUCUUCGGGGCGUUGAACGACAGCAGAGUUGUGUUCUUUUCCUAACGUGUAUUUAGUUGGAGAGGGGGCUGGUUUCUUUUGCUGUGUCCUCUCGUUAACCACUGGAGGGAAGUAGGGCCAGAUGCCCGAGGAGGAACCAGGAAGGUGAGAGCCACCAAUGAAGGGGGGGUGUCGGGGAUCUGGUGGGGCCGAGCCUAGCCAGCUUCCCAGACCCUCCCCUGGGUGCGGCCUCUCAGAGCCGUAGAAUGUGGAGCAUUCAGGGGAGCGGAGGGUCUGGCUUCUGGAAGCCCCUGCGUGUAGGCAGGAGUGGAGGGUGGAGCCAGCGGCCAGCAGGUGGGUCUGUGGAAUGUGGCGGGAGAGGGCUUGGGGAGCGGGUGGGGGAUGGUUUCUGAAGGGUCUAGAGAAGGUUGCAAAGCAGGAGAAAAAGGGGGGUUUAGGAGAGGGCUUAAAGAAUGUGAAGAGGCGAGUUGUGUGGACCACUAAUUCGGGACCUUUGCCCUCGGAUGCUCCAUGGGGGUCUCCACCUGCCUCAGCCCCAGCCUCCCCCCCAGAGGGGGCCUUCCCCGGACCACUGGUUUGCGUGUCGGCAUCGUCCCCAGCGGGACCCAAAGCAUCGCACGCCGGGGUGUGGAGAAGGGAGGCAGGAUGGAUCUGGGGGCCUUGACAGGUCAGCGGCCACUGGGCAGGAAAGAGAACAUCGCAGACCUGAUUUCCCAGCGACGUCACCCUCUCCUCCUCCCUCCUUGCUUCUCGCUCUGCUCACUCAACUCCUGCUUCCUCCUUUUCAUCCUGCUGCUCUGCCCUGUGCGGAGGACAAGUGGACACCAGGGGGGCGCCCGCCUCAGCCUGCCCCGGGGGGCCGGUGGGCUCCCGGGCCCGUGAGGCCCCCCAGGUGCAGGGCCAGCAAGGACAGACGGACUGCACACUGGGAUGAAAACGAUACUCCUUAUAUCCCUGCUUCUCUCCGUGCUUCUGUAAAGCCCCCGCCUGGCUUCCCCUCUCCCGGCGGCUCCUGUUCGGGACUUGUGUUCCUUUAAUUUCCCCUCUGCCCAUCGCCUCCUCCCACCCCGCCGACCCUGAGCCCUCUACUUCUACAACUGUUGUGUCAUUAACUCUGUUGGUUCAACUCUCUGGGAAAAGAUUCUGUUCAUGUUAAGUGCACUUACUCCCUGGAUGUUGUCACUAGUCUAGUGGCUUUUGCUAAAUAAACCUUUCUUAUUUCUAAAAGCUUUUCCAUGGUCUCUUCUUGCUUCUUCUAUCCCACCUGCUCCCUGACUUGCCCUCACCUCUGCCCCACUUCCCCAGCCAGUGGCCAUCAGCUCUGCGACGCACAGUUCUCGGGGGUGGAGGUGGGUGUUGAGGAAACAGAGGGGAGGAAGGCGGCGCCUCCACCUGCCGGGUGCCUAGAGCAGCCUUGCCAAUCGGGCGAUCCCGUGGUCCUGCCCCCAGACAUGGUUUUGCUUCUUGGUUUGUCCCAACAGGGGAAGGAUGCUUUUGAUAUUAGCGGGUAGGAGCCAGGGAUGUGGCUAAGCCAUCCCACGAUGCACAGGACAGCAUCCGCCCCCGCCCCACAACGGAGACCCUUCCAGCCCCAAAUGUCAGUAGUGCCGCGGCUCUCAAGUACGGAGCUUGUGCCCACCGUUCUGGACUCUCCCUACCCCGGGUCUUUCCCAACUGCAGACACCUCUGGCCGAUGAGCAAGUUUGUGGUGCUCGGAAAAGUGCAACGUCGUAGAUGUUUUCAGAUAUGACCAAAAUCGUCUAGAUGGUAAAAAUUUCCCUGACCCCUUGACUAAAUAUCUGAAAUACAUGCAAUAGGUCGGCUUCCGAACGGGCCCAUUCCAGAAACGCCCAUCCUCCUCCCCACCCCUGCCCGCAAGCAUCGCGGUGCCCUUG